AUGUGAUUUUACUCAGCGCCCACCAACGCUGCGCAUAAGUGUGCUGGUUUACAAACGUUUUAUUCUGCAAAACAUCUUAUUUGAGUGUAUAUAAAAUUAUUAAUACUGACGAUACACCAUAGCUUCAUAGAAUAAGACUAAAUUUGCCUUAUUUCUGCACAGCUGGACCUUGAAUCAUGGCGGAAGUGGAGGAGCAGGGCAGAAAACCAAGCGAAGAGUCAACAGAUGAAUCAGAGGAGGAGGACACGGAGGAGGAGCCUAAACUGAAGUAUGAGCGCCUGACCAAUGGAGUGACAGAGAUCUUGCAGAAGGAUGCAGCCAGCUGCAUGACAGUGCAUGACAAGUUCCUGGCUCUUGGGACACACUUCGGAAAGGUUUACCUCCUGGAUAUCCAAGGAAAUGUUACACAGAAGUUUGAAAUUAGUCCAGUGAAGAUAAAUCAGAUCAGUUUAGAUGAGAGUGGUGAACAUGUUGGCAUCUGCUCUGAGGAUGGAAAGGUGCAAGUGUUUGGCCUUUACACCAGGGAGGGCUUCCAUGAAAACUUUGACUGCCCCAUCAAGGUUGUGGCACUACACCCUCAGUUCAGCAAAUCCAACAAUAAACAAUUUGUGACUGGAGGAAAUAAGCUGUUGCUUUAUGAGAGGAACUGGCUGAACCGUUGGAAGACCUCUGUUCUUCAUAAAGGAGAAGGUAACAUUACCAAUGUAAAAUGGAGAGCCAACCUCAUUGCCUGGGCAAACAAUGUGGGGGUGAAAAUCUAUGACAUCAGCAGUAAACAGCGCAUCACUAACGUGUUACGGGACAAUGCCAGUCUGAGGCCGGAUAUGUACCCCUGUAGUCUCUGCUGGAAAGACAACACCACACUGAUCAUUGGCUGGGGCUCUUCUGUCAAGAUAUGUGUUGUUAAAGAGCGUGACCCAACGGAGAUUAGAGACCUACCCGGUCGCUACGUUGAGAUCGUUUCAGCAUUUGAGACAGAAUUCUUCAUCAGUGGACUGGCUCCUCUGGCAGAUCAGCUGGUCACACUGUAUUAUGUCAAAGAGAACUCGGAACACAUGGAGGAGGAGUUCCGAACACGGCCUCGUUUAGAUAUUAUCCAGCCAUUACCAGAGGGCUGUGAGGAGAUCUCGUCAGAUGCUCUCACUGUACGCAACUUCCAGGAGAACCAGUGCAGGGACUACAGGCUCGAACACUCAGAAGGAGAAUCUCUGUUCUACAUCAUCAGCCCUAAAGACAUCGUAGUGGCUAAAGAAAGAGACCAAGAUGACCACAUCGACUGGCUCCUGGAAAAGAAGAAAUAUGAGGAGGCACUGAUGGCUACAGAAAUCAGCUUCAAAAACAUUAAACGACAUGACGUUCAGAAAAUUGGAAUGGCUUACCUCAAUCAUUUAGUGGAGAGGGGAGAUUAUGAUACAGCUGCCAGAAAAUGUCAAAAAGUGCUUGGAAAGAACAUGGAUCUCUGGGAGAAUGAGGUGUAUAGGUUCAAAACCAUUGGACAGUUGAAGGCCAUCAGUCAGUACCUGCCAAGAGGAGACCUGCGCCUGCGGCCAGCAAUUUAUGAGAUGAUCCUACAUGACUUCCUCAAGACUGACUAUGAGGGCUUUUCCACAUUGAUUCGUGAGUGGCCGGGUGAGCUCUAUAAUAAUAUGGCUGUAGUUCAGGCAGUGAAUGAACAACUAAAGAAGGACCCCACCAACAGUAUACUCCUCACAACACUGGCUGAACUGUACACUUAUGACCAGCGUUAUGACCGCGCUCUGGAAAUCUACCUGAGAUUGAGACACAAAGAUGUUUACCAACUCAUCCACAAACACAACCUCUUCUCCUCCAUCAGUGACAAGAUCGUGCUGCUCAUGGAUUUUGACAAAGAGAAAGCUGUUGACAUGCUGCUGGAUAAUGAAGAUAAAAUAUCGAUGGACAAAGUAGUGGAGGAAUUGAAAGACAGACCUGAACUGUUACAUGUGUAUUUACACAAGCUGUUUAAGCGAGACCACCAUAAGGGGCAGAAGUACCACGAAAGGCAGAUCAGUUUGUAUGCAGAGUUUGACCGACACAACCUGCUACCCUUCCUCAGAGAGAGCAUGCACUGCCCGCUUGAAAAGGCUCUGGAGAUCUGUCAGCAGAGGCACUUUGUAGAAGAGACAGUCUUUCUGCUCAGUCGCAUGGGAAACUGCAGACGGGCCCUACAGAUGAUCAUGGAGGAGCUAGCGGAUGUGGACAAGGCCAUUGAGUUUGCCAAAGAGCAGGAUGACAGAGAACUCUGGGAGGAUCUCAUUUCAUACUCUAUUGACAAACCACCGUUUAUCACAGGCCUCUUGAAUAACAUUGGGACCCAUGUGGACCCCAUUCUGCUCAUUCACCGGAUUAAAGAAGGGAUGGAGAUUCCUAACCUUAGAGACUCACUGGUCAAGAUCCUGCAAGACUACAAUCUACAAAUCUUACUUAGAGAGGGCUGUAAGAAGAUCCUGGUGGCAGACUCACUAUCUCUACUGCAGAGGAUGCACAGGACACAAAAGAGAGGAGUGCGGGUGGAUGAGGAAAACAUCUGUGAAUCUUGCCACACUCCCAUUCUACCAUCAGACACAGCCCAGGCAUUCAAUGUGGUGGUGUUUCACUGCAGACACAUGCUCCACAAGGAGUGUCUGCCAUCCCCAGGAACCGUCCCAGGACUACAGUAUUGUAACAUCUGCAGUGCAAAGCGGAGAGGGCCAGGCAGUGGCAUACUUGAGAUGAAGAAAUAAUCAUUGCUCCUCAUUCUAUGUUCAUUUAUAUACACAACUGCCACUUUCUCAUUAGAGGCUGUUAAAAAAAAAUGAAAUAAUCUGCAUAUUACUAACAUUGUAUUUAUUAAUGCAAGCUUCUGUUGCUCUUCACACUAAAUUGUUUGAAAGAAAUUGCCAAUGCAUGAGACAUUUCUUAAAAAUAAUGUAACCAAAUUCCACCAAUUUCUGAUGGCUUUUUCUUGGGUAUGAAUAUGAGAAAUUGUUUAAAAAUGCCUUUUCCUACAGCUACAAAUUAAAUUUGAAAAAUCUGGGGGUUUGAUUACUCAGAGGUUACCAUUAAUUAGACUGUGACGGCCCGGAUUUUUGAAGGGGCAAGAGAAAGAGAAUUUUACUUGCCUGUCCGGACAAGCAGACUGAUUAAAACAUCAAUAACAAAAAACAAAACCAUAUAUAUUUGUGAUAGCCUAGGCCUGUGUCACUCAUUAAAAAGUUCAUAUUUUUAUUCUGCUGUUGAAAGUAAUCAAGAGCAGGUAAUUUUAUAAUUCACAAGUGAUCUAGUAACAGCUGCACCCUGUUUGAUUGACAGGCGGCAUAUGUGUGUGCACUGAACGUGCGUGUUACGAAAAUGCUUGGGCUAACGUGCACCUGAACGGUCAAAUACAUUUAAAAAUUCUGCCAAAAUGCCCGUCUUGGUGAGGUAUUCAUGUAAACACAGAGAGUGAUGUCAAAACUGAACAUAAACAGUGGAGAAAAAAGCGGAUUUUGUAAGUAUAAAUGAAAGCUAAUAGUCCUACUGCCGUCUGGUGUGUCAUUAUAAUAAUCAAACACCCAUAACAAAAAAAACACUCACUGCUCUUGAAUGGGUAACUUUAGUAGUUUUAAAAAGUAUUAAUGUAUUAUAAUCAUACAGUGAAGACCAGUAGUUGUUUUAUGUUACUUGAAUACUUUAUACCUACUGCUGUUAAAAACAGCACUGAAUUUUUUUUUAUUGUUAUUUUAUUACUGACUGUUUAGUAUUCUUAAUUAAGAACUUGAAACCAUUCUUCCAUAAUUAAUAUAUUAGUUAGUGCUCUUAUUUGUUGUGGUUUUGAAGCUGGAAUUGAGAAUCGUCAAAUUUCACUACCAACUACUGAAAUUUUGGUAUUGUGAUAAUGUAUUGCCUUUAUUGUACAUGGUUAAUCCUGCUGCAAUAACAUGAUGAAAAUGUAGAUCUCAUUCCAUAGAAGUGUGAGCAUCCCUGCUGUUAAUGGUGGUGGAGGCUUUUCUUUAUUUGACUACCAUACAUAACAUAAAAUAAUUAUCAUAUGACAAUAGUCUCCUCCCCUACCCAGUGCAGUUUACAUUUCUGUCACAGAGAAUUGAGUUGAUUGCAUAGGUGCACUGUUAGGUUGGGCAUCAGUCAUAAUUUUAGAAAAAUAUACAACAUAAACUUUGACAUGUUACUUGAGCAUGUAACUUAAAUGUCCUUUUUCCUCUCCAGACAAGUAACAUUUUUACUGACAAGUGAUUGACCAAUUUACUUGUCCGGAGGACAAAGGACAACGCUUAAUGUCGAGCCCUGGCUCAUAUGAAUGCUCAAGUCGAUUUUGUGUUUUGAUCAUUUGUGAACUGCAUUAAACUCUGUCUCGUUUA